AUGUUCAUUGGACUCCUCCUCGGUCUAUGGACCUGGAAAUGCUUCUGGAUUGUUAUCCUGCAAAACAAGCUUCUCUACCUCUCCUGGUUGCCUCCAUUCACAAGAUCUGAGGUGAUUUCAGACUAUGAGGCUGAGUGCAGGUCUGUGUUAUGGGAGGAGAAGCAGAUUCGCAGUUUGGAUGGGACUAAAUUGGCCGUUUGUGAGGGCCACAUUCCGGUUCCUCGCAAGGACUAUGAGUCUUUUUCAAAUUCGGGUACUUUACCGAAUUCCGAUCAAGGGAAAUCAAUCCCAAAACGGAUUAAGUCCGUUGUGUUGUGUUACUUUCAAGGCAAUGGUGGCUCGACCCCUAUGCGGUUGCCAAUUCUCUCUCAUGUCUUGCGCGCAAUUGUGGAAACAUCAAGGUCAGCUUCAUCUAUGUCCGGUACUGAGUUCUCUCAAUAUACUAUCGCUGCGUUAUCAUAUCGUGGCUACUGGACGUCAUCUGGUCGCGCCACACAGUCCGGUAUUGAGAUGGAUGCCCAGGCAUUCUUGAAUUGGGUUUCGAAAACAUACGUGUCUCCAGAAACCGAUCUUGAGAUUGUAGUUUGGGGACACAGUCUAGGUGCUGCUGUUGCAAGCUCAGCAGUAUCUACGUACAUUGCCCUUCAACAUGAGGGGCAAACUUUCUCGAACACGAGCAGCAACAGGCCACUGGCGCCCAUUUCCGGACUCAUUUUGGAAGCGCCUACUUCCAGUAUCAAAGAUAUGCUCAUCAGCCUUUAUCCUCAGAAAUGGCUUCCUUACAGGUAUCUUUGGCCGUUCUCUUGGAACACUUGGGAUAUUAAGGCGAAGAUGAAUCAAAUGGCUACAUGGAGAGACGACCGACCAAGGUCUCAAACCCCUAAAUCUGAAACUACGCAACUAAGACCUCGCUCACUUCCGCCGAUUUUUCUUCUGUCUGCCGAAAAAGACGAAGUGAUUCCACCGUAUGUACCAGAUCAAUUAGAAAAGCAUGCCAAAUCCCUCGGCUUGAAGAUCGAGAGGAAAGAUGUCCUCGGUGCCAUGCAUAUAGAGGCACCACUCAAACUGGAUGGCAGGAAAGCAAUGGUACAAUUUAUCGUCAACGGCACAUCCGUCCCCAAGACAUAA